AUGAGGCGAGCUUCCUUCUUCGCAGUAGUCUGUUCCUUGUUGGCUGUCUCAACAGUCUUCGCCGACGAAGAAGAAGAGGAACCACCGUACGAUGUGUACGAUAAGAUUCUUGAGGAUUUCGAUGUAGACACAAUUAUCAAUAACGAUCGGCUCUUGGAUUCCUAUCUUAAAUGUUUCUUCAACACUGGUCCUUGUUCGGAAAUUGCUGAAAUGGUUAAAGGGAAGAUACCAGAGGUGUUUUCGACCGUCUGCGGCCUUUGUACCGAUAAGCAGAAAGGUCUCUUCAAGCACAGUUUGGACAUCUUCAUCCCGAAGCGGCCUGAUGACUGGAAGCACAUCCUGGAGAUCUACGACCCUGAUGGCUCAUACUGGCCCAAGAUCAAGGAGUUCCUGGAGACGCAUUGA